AUGAUGACGUACAACCACCAUCUGCGGCCAACGAUGUCGACCCUCGAACCUUUCCGUGUCUUCGCGUUGUCAAAUGAAUUCAAGCUUCCCGUUCGACAAGAGGAAAAGCUGGAGCUGGCGAAACUUCUCGAGAGGGUCCCGAUUCUUGUUAACGAGAGCGUCGAAGAGCCUGCUGCGAAGAUCGAUGUUAUCGUACAGGCAUAUUCGCAGUUGAGGUCACUACUAGCAGACGAAAAUUUCCCUCCACCUUCCGUACAAGCUAGUAACAGGCGACUCUCCGCUGCUGGAUCACCUAUCGUUUCUAUGAGGACGACGAGGAUCUUUGUCCCACCAUGA